AUGACACGACGACACAACGACACGACGACACCCUAUGACACGACGACACUCCAGGACACGACGACACUCCAGGACACGACGACACUCCAGGACACGACGAUACUCCAGAACGACUACACCCCAGGACACGACGACACUCCAGGACACGACGACACUCCAGAACACGACUACACCCCAGGACACGACGACACUCCAGAACACGACGACACUCCAGGACACGACGACACUCCAGGACACGACGACACUCCAGGACACGACGACACUCCAGGACACGACUACACUCCAGAACACGACUACACCCCAGGACACGACGACACUCCAGAACACGACGACACCCCAGGACACGACGACACUCCAGGACACGACGACACCCCAGGACACGACGACACUCCAGGACACGACUACACCCCAGGACACGACGACACUCCAGGACACGACGACACCCCAGGACACGACGACACCCCAGGACACGACGACACUCCAGGACACGACGACACUCCAGGACACGACUACACUCCAGGACACGACGACACUCCAGGACACGACGACACUCCAGAACACGACACCCUAUGA